AUGCUAACGAGACAUAUUCUGGGUGCUGCUGCGCGAAGGCACAUACAGAAAGGGUCUCUGAGGGGGUCAAUAGAGUGUCAGAGCCAACCCUCGACGGAGACCCCCACAGAGCUCGGCUUCAUCUACAGGGAGCGUGAAAAGGCUGGAACUACCGGCCGGGAUACUGCAACUAUUGAGAAGAAUAAAGAUGUUCAAGGAAGUGUUCCUGCUGCAGGCCUCUCAGCGCAUUUGACCAUCUCGCAAGACCAGACGUCUGGUAGUCAAUUGUCUCAAGAGAAAUUGGCUGCUCUGUCGAAGCCACUUGAUGAGGCAGACAUCGCUCCGGGCCAUCGCAAAGCUGCUGGAUUAGACACCAUAGCGGCACGGCCGACAAGGUCAAAUUCUCCUGGGCUGCGGGAUCCGUCUAGAAGGCGCCGUAGGAGGUCGCCAGAAAUAGUAUGUAUUCCAGCGAAUCGCUCAAGUGAUUCGUCUUCCAUUAGGAAGGAGUUGAUUGGGUCCGCGGUGAGCAUAUCAAACGACAAUGUGGAGGAAAAGUCGCAUCUUGAGACAUGGGUAUCGGAAAUCACCUUCAAUCAUCCACAUCGCAAUAGUAGGGGUACAUUGCAGGAGUCCAGCCGCGCAAACAAUCUCAACAUUUCCACCCAUGCAUCUUCCCCGGAGCAAAACUAUUCGAUGGAAGAUCUAUUGAGUCGUCUAAAGAGCUUGGAGCGGGAAAACCAUGAAGUAAGAAACGGGACAGCAGAAGAAACCUCGCAUACGGCGCCACCUGGAGAACCUUCCACUACAUAG